UGAUCAUGUUCCGUGACUUACAGUGUGGGUCACACAGAUCUGACCGCCAACAGUGACGAAAAAACCGCCGAGAUCCAUGCUUUGCAGUUGGAGUUGAGUGGACUAAGAUCAGAACUUGAAGCAACUGGUGAGAACCACUCAGCAGCAUAUAGUCAACUUACAGCCGCUUUGAAGGAACGAGAAAGUGCACUUGAGAAACUCAAGCAAGAACAUGAAGCAUCCAAGCUCUCUCAUGAAAAUAACUUGGCCGAUGUCCAAUCGUCGUACAAAGAGAUGGCACACAGAGCGUCGGAUCUGGAAGCUGAGGUAGCAACAAUCAAAAAAGAUUAUGCGCAGAGCGAAAAGAGACUUCAGGCAGCCAACGUAACGCUCGAAGACGCAAAAGCUGAACACCAGAGUGCCUUGGAGAUACUACAAAAGCAGCUGGAUGACACCAACGUUCAAAUCUCUGAAACUCGUGCUCAACUAUCAGAUACUCAACGUGAACGACAAGCUAUGGAAGAAACUGCCACUACGUCACAAGACGAGCUAGCUGCCUGUAAGCGUGACAUCGAAAACAUGGCAGAGAAACUUACUACAUUGGAAGCAAAUUUUGCCCGAUCACAGCAAGAAUUGGCAACUUCUGAUGCGAAGCUUUUGUCGAUCACACAGGAUAGGGAAGCCACGGAAAAUAGCCUACGUGCUGAACUUGAACACGCAGAAUCUUCAUUGAAAGAAGCACUUUCGCAAAUUUCUGACCUGAAAGCACAGGUUUCUGAAGCGCGAAAACAAGAAGAGGUAUUGUUGGCCAGCCAAGUACCUGAGGACGAGCUGCAAAGUCUUAGAAACCACAUGAAGGCAACUGAAGAGAAAUAUGAAGCUGAAGUCAAACAACUUCGCCAGCAAGUCCAAGACAGUGAGAGCCGUCUAGAACGACAACUCGGUGCGUUCAAUACCAUUAGAGGAGAGCUUACGGCGGUACGGGAACGUCAACUGGAUCGGGAAGACGAAAUAGAACAACAAAUGCAAGCUCAAAUUGAUGAACUUCAUCUAGAUUUAACCGAAGCUUUUGAGAAAAGGAAACUUGCUGAAGAUAAAUUAGCUCAGAAUGGGUUAAGUCCCGUCAGCGAGAGAGGAUUUUGGGUAUCGGAUGAUGGGCAAACCGAUACUGACCAAUCUGAUGGUGAUGAAGAAGAACUUAGCCAUCACCAAGAGCCUGAAGCGGUUGGAAAGCACCGCAGCCCGAAUUUAGGAAGGAUACCACCACUUCAAAAGCCUCGAUUUUCUGAAUUCCAUCAUGUCCCACAGUGCAGUGGAUGUCUGAGCGAAGCCUUUGACAUAUAGAAUUGUGUUAAUAAAAGCCACUAUAAAUGCUGCUUAUAUUCAUUUCUCACUCUUUGUCGUUACAUUAAUGUAAUAAAAAUUAUAUUUGUUUUCUCUUACACUUUGAUCAGAA